CAGUAUGAUUCAUACAGCUGAAAACAUAUGCUCUGGUUUGACAUCUUGAGAGUCUAUCACAUUCAGUAUUGUUUUUUAUUUAAUUUUAAUACUCAAUUUACGCUAAACGACCAAUUAAUUGGAUUGUGAUUAUUUCAAUUGGAACAUGGCUACCAUCAGCAGUUACAGUACGGAAAUUGACUCUAGUGGUAAUGAUAACCCUGACAAUGACUUGAUCAAAAGACAAUUACAACUAAAACAUUAUAAGUUGCUAAACGAAUUACAGACAAUGUCAAGUGAAUUACCAAUGGAAUAUCAACAAAGAAUCUCACACGAGCUUUUAUCCAGCCUAGCCAGCUGUCUACUCGACGAUACAGUAUUUCAAAUUGUUAAUGGCUUGCAAGAUAUCCAACAAUUAACCGAAAAAAAUUUGUUUCAAAAGCGUAUGAAAACAUCUGAAGCGCUUAAGGCUAAAAAAAUUGCACUUCACAAGAAGCACAAAGAAUAUAUAGCAACCGGAGCAAUGACAAUGGAUCAAGUUAGAGAUGCUGAAGAUGCUUUUGAUGCACAAAUCGAAGAAGAAAUGAGAAAACUCGAUAUGCAAUUGAUAAUGGAAUUAGAUCAAAUCGUUAGUGAUCAACAAGUGACUCUCGAAAGAGCUGGAGUUCCUGGCUUUCAUGUAACAAACAAACCAAAUGAGAUAAAGUUGCAGAUGCAUUUUUUACAAUUUAUCUUGAGUUUGAAACACGAAAACAACUCAAAAAAUUGUUAAACCAACUUUUUUUAGUUGAAAAAUUAAAGCGACUGUAUAAAUAAUUUGUAAAGAUAA